CUACUCUCCGCCCUCCCACUUUGGUCGCGGGUAGAAUUAAUGUUGAAUGACUCUUGAUCUCCAAGAAGAGGCCUGCCAGCAUUGAUUCAAAUGAUCAUCUAGCCUGGCCCUGGUAUAGGGACUCUUCCACAUUGUCAUUCAUUCAUUUCCAGUCCUUCCUUUUUUUCCCUCUAAAGCGACACGAAUAGAGCUAUCCAGUCCCCACGUCUGACUACGCCAUCGAAUCAGACUGAUCGCGCCGCAUCGUAUGAUUUUAUCAUCCUCAUGACCGCAUAGCAGCAGUUGUAAUAAGCUUCAUAAGGCGCAGCCCCAAAAAUCGAAAGCCUCCCACCGUAGGGCGACGAUGGCGCCUCAUCCGGAGUCGUCACCCCGUCGUCCGACGAAGCAUGAAGGGGCCAUGCAAACUUCAAAGCGCCCGCCAGCUCCACUUAAGCCUGUCGUCCCAAUUGUUCCCGUUGUUCCGCGCAGUUUGAGCUACAAGAACGCUCCAGUCCCUGUAUCGCAACAUGUUCCGCAACCGACGAAGCCCGCAUCCCCAGCGGUCACCAAGGGCUCCCGCGGAUCUUCCGGACACCCUGGUACUGAAAGAUCGAAGGCCUCAAAAUCCGAAUUGAAAGAAGAACAGCAGGCUGCUCUUCCCAGAUCGAUUGACACUGCGGAGAAAAGAGCCAAGGCGACAAAUGCGUCGAAGUCCCUUCCGGAGGAAACACAAAAGGCGUCGUCAAAUGGUCUAUCAGCGCAGGCCCAGCAGGAGGAGCAAACAACCUCUGAAGCUGAGACUCGGGAGAAAUGCCUGGAGGAGCGACCGCAUUCAGAUGUCAGAAACGUUGAAGACGACCAAAGGAAGGGACAAACCGUUUCUGGUAAAGGUGCAAGUGCUUCUUCCCAGCAAAACCAUUCACCGGUGCAGAUGAAUGGAACACUGGUGACUGCGCCCCAGUCAUCUGAACAGAGGAGGCUUGACGACAUAAGCGCAGCGGGACAAUCAGUGAACUCCUUGGCGCGUAACACUGAGGCUGUCGCUGGCCUACAAGAUGAAGAAGCAACGCUGCAAGGGGUUUCGACGAUGCCUCGCCCUCAUCCUAUUUCGUUUCAUCCUCCGAACGGGCAGUCAACGCCUUCAUCAGCUGGAUCCAUGUACGCGCAGCCUCCGAUGCAAUACAAUCGACCGAUGCCUCAUCAGCAUCGGUCCAGCGCUGGCGGGGUCUUGUUUGGAGGCUUCACCGGGUCUUCGAGCCCAUCUCCCGCGCCACCAAUUCCGCACUCCACAGCCAGUAUGCCAUACCCACCUCCGGGAACUCACCCUCAUGGCUUCGUAGCGCCUCCUUUUGAGCAACCCUUCCACUACUUCCCCCAUCAACAUCACGUUGCGGAGCCGCACCCUGGUUUUGUUUACCCUCCAACCUUCCCCCCACAGCACGGUCCCUAUGGCCACGGCAGCGAGCCAUUUAACGGGCAUAUACCUGCCUACGGCAGAUUUGGCUCCUUUGACGCAGCCGGAACGCCCUCAGUUUCUCUUCCCAUGAUGCCGCCUAGACCUCUAUUGGAGGACCAAGUUCACCGAGCCUAUGGCAUCCAAUGGGAUGAUGCUUCGCUCUCGACAGUUGCUCCGGAUUCUGACGCUGGAAGCGGAAGUGGCCGCAUGCGAGAUGUAAUCACUCCCCGCCCAUCGUCCAGCGCAGACGAAAAAGCAUGGCUGGAGCUCGAGCUCGCCCGGGCAACCCUUUCAGGACGUAUGGGUUCCGCCGACGGCGUUAAUAAUAACCUGCCCCAUGUGAACGGAAACUUCAGCAAGGGAGAGUUGAACAGAGACAAUCAUCAUCAUCAGCCCUCCCCUCCUGUUGACACAUCCGACGAUAUCAAGUAUUACCUCCGCGGAAAAUUUUCCGACACCGACUUUGCCGAUUACUUGCUCGAAAUCCAUCAUCCCAAGAACGCAUAUUGGUAUGUGCCUUUCGCUGUUCAUGGAGUCAUUGUCGGCAGAAGCCAUUUCUUGCGUUACUUGCUGUUGGAGCAUCGUAACAAACCGGUUAAUCCGAGCGGAAUGAAGAAGGUCAAACUUCUGAUUGAUGACCCAUUCAUCCAGCCUGGUCCGUUUGCUAUGGCGUUGCGUCAUCUCUAUGGUGCGCCUCUCUUGACAGCUCAAGACAUUGAAGGUAUUAGGGCUCAUCCCACGUUCGUUGACCGCUGGACAAAGGAAAAGUGGAUUCUCAACAACCCUGAAGAUAAGAUGGAGUUCGCUCUUUCAUACGCUGCUGCUGGCUAUCUUUUAGACUUUGAGAACAUCACUGCUUGCGGAGUUCAAGUCGCUGCUGAAUUCAUCGGUUGGGACACUGUCGAGCUUGCCUUGUCUUUUGCCUUGGAAGGCUUGAGCAUUGAAGAUCCCGAAAUGGGUUCAAAUCCUCACCCCGCUCCCCCUAGUCCCAUUGGCUUCACUGAUGCUCAGACGAACGUCCAACAGGUUCGCAAGUUGGCUAUUUCUCAUGGCGAGGCAUACAAUCCCUCUUUAGGCGGCAAAUACGGUGUCUUUGGCGUUACUCUCAUGAACAAGAUUCUUGAUUUCAUUAUCGAGAACAUCCCUGCGGACUUCGAGCUCGACACUUCAAUCUCCCAACUCGGGCGCCAUCCUCGGCUUUUCGUCAACUCUGAGACGAAGCCCAACAUCUCUCACCCUCGUCUGGCUGCCAUCCAAUUUGGCGAGCUGCCUUCGGAGGACACCAGCAAGUUGGAAUUCUCCACCAAGGUGCUUUCAAAGAUUCUCAUUUCCCUGCCUUAUGUAUUGCUCAAGUACAUUCUUGAGUCUCCUCGUCUUGGCGGGGUUCAAGGAUGGGCGUCUUAUAAGUUUCGUGAGAAGGUAGCCCGAAAUGUGAUUCGAGAACGGGAGAUGAGACGUCAGAAUACUUUGGCUGCGGCACUGAAUCCUGCCAACACUGAUGGUGCAAGCUUGAGAUCCCUCAACUACUUGGCCUGGAAAGAGGUUGUUCUUACCAACCCUGAAGUGCAGCAUCACGAGGUAGAGGUCAAGAGAGAAUGGGAUAGCCUUCCUUGAGCUCUAUUCACAUGAAGCCUCUCCGAUUCCCAUCUCGUUUUCUUGAGGAGAACUUGGGAGUGUCUCAGAGAAAACGACGUUAUGAUUGAGAUUGUGGGCGUUUGGUGCGGACCUAUUCUGUUGCCAUCACUCAUGCUAGCUUGCUUUCUCCUUGUAUCCUUUCAGCUCCCAUUUUGCUACAUAUUUGCUUGUUACGGACGUUCCAAAAACUGACUAUCAUCAUAUCUGGCGAGGCAUUAGUCCUUUUCUUUCAACACCAUAUUUUUGCACGAUUGACGAUGCAUACCUCUGGGCGUUUACUUGUCUCAUUUGCUUAAUUUGCUUGUCCCUGCGUACUGAUGAUUGAUACCUGCACCUUUUCAAGAGUCGUCGCUUCCGCCUUCUCUGGCGUCAUCAAUGUUAGAUACCACAACAUAUGGAAGGAACCAUCGUGAGCCGUUCCUUCCCAAAAUACAACUUCAUUUCUCCAGCG